UCUGCUCACCACGUGACAUGACAUCUGCUGGUUAUAGCAACUAGAGAAAACCAGUAAUAUAGAUGUAGAGAAGGGAUCGUGGUGGCACACCGGAGUCCACACGGCAUCAGUGCGCAGUCGCUUCACCAGUCAGAGCUCCUGUCUCCAACGCUGCCGUUACGCACAGGUUCAUCUCGUCUCCAAACACCUGAUUUACAGAGACACGUACGCGGAUUUUCACCCUCUCUAUGAAAGAAUGUAAGGCAGAUAUGUAGGCUUUCCUCUGAAGGAUAUGGUCACUGUUAAGCUGCCAAAGUGGAGCCGCGCGUAUCACGGAUCGGGGCGCUCCUGCAGGGUCUAGGAUGCGCGCCCGGAACAUCCCGAUUCUUACCCGGGUUCGGGGCUGAGCAGGAUUCCGCUGCCCCUGCUGGGCGCAGAGGCGGGAGGAGGACGCAGUCGACCCGCACCAGGAUGCCUGUGAUGAGAGGUCUGCUGGCCCCGCAGAACACCUUCCUCGACACCAUCGCCACCCGUUUCGAUGGCACCCACAGUAACUUUGUGUUGGGGAACGCGCAAGUCCAGUCUCUCUACCCCAUCGUUUACUGUUCUGAUGGCUUCUGUGAGCUCACUGGUUAUGCCCGUGCAGAGCUGAUGCAGAAGAGCUGUGCAUGUCAUUUCCUCUAUGGGCCGGAGACCAGUGACAGGCUGAUGGCACAGAUCCAGGGUGCACUGGACGAGAGGAGGGAGUUCAAGACAGAACUGGUCUUCUACAAAAAAGGAGGAACUCAGUUCUGGUGUCUUCUGGAUAUCGUGCCCAUUAAGAAUGAGAAGGGAGAGGUGGUGCUCUUUCUAGUGUCACACAAGGACAUUACAGACAACAAGAAAGACCAAGAUGAAGAGCAGAGCCCAGAAAGAGACGAGGAGACGGGGUUGGAGGUGCACAAGGUCACACGGCCACCGGGCUUCAAUGCCAACCGGCGGCGCAGUAGAGCUGUGCUUUACCAGCUGUCUGGACACUUGCAGAAACAAGACAAGAGCAAACUCAAGAUCAAUAAUAACAUGUUUGGCGAGAAGCCGCCCAUACCAGAGUACAAAGUGGCAGCCAUUCAGAAAAGCCGUUUCAUUCUUCUCCAUUACGGCACCUUCAAAGCAGGCUGGGAUUGGCUCAUCCUGUUAGCAACCUUUUAUGUAGCAGUUACUGUGCCCUACAAUGUCUGUUUCACCGUCGUUGGAGGGCGAGAUGAAGCAUCAACCCCUAGAAGUCCACCGAGUGUGAGCGACAUUCUGGUGGAAAUUCUUUUCAUGUUAGAUAUUGUACUAAACUUCCGCACCACAUUUGUGAGCACAUCAGGCCAGGUGGUGUAUGAUGCUCGCUCUAUAUGUGUGCAUUACGUCACCACCUGGCUCUUUGUGGACCUGAUUGCUGCGCUGCCAUUUGACCUGUUGUAUGCCUUCAAUGUCAGUGUGUACUUUGGGGUUCAUCUGCUGAAGACGGUUCGAUUGUUACGGCUUCUUCGCUUGCUACAAAAGCUGGAGCGCUACUCCCAAUACAGUGCAGUAGUGCUCACAUUACUCAUGUCCAUGUUUGCCUUGCUGGCACAUUGGAUGGCCUGUGUCUGGUACAUCAUUGGCCGCAGCGAGAUAGAGAACAACAGCCCUGGUUCAUGGGACAUUGGCUGGUUGCAUGAGCUGGGCAAACGUUUGGGCACUCCAUACUUCCUGUCACCUCUCGCAUCCCUCAUUCCUGACUCUCUGCGCCCCACCAUCCUGGACGGCCUGGUGGUUAAUUCCAGCCAGUGGAACGGCUCUGAUCUGGUGGCUCAUGAGCCGGUGUGGAACUCCAGCCAGCUGAACUCCACAGGCACAGCGCCAGCGGCCCCUUCAAACGCUGGACAGACUGGAGCCGUACUGGGAGGAGGACCCUCCAUCCGCAGCUCAUAUGUGACAUCGCUGUACUUUGCUUUAAGCAGUCUGACCAGCGUGGGCUUUGGCAACGUCUCAGCCAAUACCGACUCAGAGAAGAUCUUCUCUAUCUGCACCAUGCUGAUCGGAGCACUCAUGCACGCUGCAGUCUUCGGUAACGUGACGGCCAUUAUCCAGCGGAUGUACUCGCGCCGCUCACUCUAUCACACUCGAACCAAAGACCUCAAAGACUUCAUCCGUGUGCAUCGACUGCCCAAAGCCCUUGCGCAGCGCAUGUUGGAGUGCUUUCAGACCACAUGGUCCGUCAACAAUGGCAUUGAUGUCAGCGAGCUUCUGAAGGACUUUCCAGAUGAACUGCGGGCCGACAUCGCCAUGCACCUGAAUAAAGAGCUGCUGCAGCUGCCUCUGUUUGAAUCGGCCAGUCGAGGGUGCCUGCGAUCGCUCUCUCUCAUUAUCAAAACCUCUUUCUGCGCUCCAGGAGAGUUCCUCAUCCGCCAGGGUGACGCUCUGCAGGCCAUAUACUUUGUCUGCUCGGGCUCCAUGGAAGUGCUCAAGGACAACACUGUGCUGGCUAUACUGGGAAAAGGGGAUCUGAUUGGAUCGGAUUCGCUAACAAAAGAGCAGGUGAUCAAGACUAACGCAAACGUGAAAGCACUGACGUAUUGUGACCUGCAGUACAUCAGCCUGAAAGGACUGCGAGAAGUGCUGCGCCUCUAUCCUGAAUACGCCCAGAAAUUUGUCAGUGAAAUUCAGCAUGAUCUCACCUAUAACCUGCGGGAGGGCAGCGGAGCUGAUGUAAGUGAUGAAUGCACACAUGAUCAUAUUCAUAGCAAAUGCAAACAAUCCCAGAGUUACCUUUGAUUCCACAUAUGUGAUUGUAAAGCUUAAGGAUUGUGUGCACGCUCUUGUUCUCAGCCUGAAAUGUGUGUGCAAGGGACUGAAACAGUUAACACAAAUGUGCAGGUCGAUACAUCACCUCAGAUUGGAGUAUCAAUAUUCUACGCUUGUACUCUGGAGCUGAUAUUUGUCCUAUAAAUAGUGCUUCAGUCCAAUAAGCAAACACGAUAAUACAGCCGUCUACAGGAACAUGUGUUAUGAUUUCCAUUUUCUGCUUUACCAAUUUAGUUUUUCUAAUAAAAUAUCAUAAAGUACAUACAGUACAUAUAAAAAUACAAGCAUGUUGUAUAAA